CAUAAAUGUAGUUUGAAAAAAUGGGCAAGAAUUGACAUUGCCAACAAACGGAAAUGUGUUCAGAAUAAAUACAUAUACACAAUAUUUAAAAACCAGCUCCUCCCUCGCCAGGGACCGAUCAUCUCGAAAACUAAAGCAAAUACGAUGCGUCGGCCCGCAAACAAUGUGGUUUCGGGUUGAUCCGAGUCUUUUGGCUGUGUGUCAGGCUGUCUGCCUACUGUAUUGUACUGUGAGAAGGCAGGCAGAUAGGGGGCACCUCACCAAAAUCUCCCGCUCAACUCCACAUUCAACCCCCCCACCAAUUUACCGUCUAACUUCAACGCGUUUUAAAACCGACCACAGGAUUUAAACAUCUGAUUGCUUUAUUUAUUGUAUUUUCGGUUAGUUUAUGGUUUGUGUUUUUACACUCCGGGAGGGCAGAAAUGGCCGCCAACAUGUACCGGGUCGGAGACUAUGUAUUCUUUGAGAAUUCCUCCAGCAACCCUUACCUGAUCCGCCGGAUAGAAGAACUCAACAAGACGGCCAGUGGCAAUGUGGAGGCCAAGGUGGUGUGUUUCUACAGGAGGAGAGACAUCUCACACAGCCUCAUACAGUUGGCUGACAAACAUGCAAAGGACUUAGAGGAGGAGAAAGAGGAGGAGAAAGAGGAGAAAGAGGGUCCGUUGGAGGCGGAGCUGACAGACAAACAGAAACAUCAGUUACGCCACAGAGAACUGUUCCUCUCCCGUCAGUAUGAGAGUCUACCAGCCACACACAUCAGGGGGAAGUGUAGUGUGGCGUUAUUGAAUGAGACUGAAGCUGUCCUCUCCUACCUGGACAAAGAGGAUACGUUCUUCUACUCGCUGGUCUACGACCCUACCCAGAAGACACUUUUGGCUGAUAAAGGAGAGAUCAGAGUGGGACCACGCUUUCAGGCCGAUGUACCUGACAUGCUACAGGAGGGGGAAUCAGAUGAGUGGGACCAGUCAAAGUUAGAGGAGAAGCUGUGGGAUCCUGACUGUCCUCUCUCCAGCAAACAGAUUGACCAGUUCCUGGUGGUCGCACGGGCGGUGGGGACGUUUGCCAGAGCGCUGGACUGUAGCAGCUCGGUCAGACAGCCCAGUCUACAUACGAGUGCAGCUGCCGCCUCCCGAGACAUCACACUGUUCCAUGCGAUGGACACGCUGCAUCGUCAUGGUUACGACCUGUCCAGUGCGUUGAGUGUGUUGGUGCCGUCCGGUGGGCCGGUGCUGUGUCGGGAUGAGAUGGAGGAGUGGAGCGCCUCGGAGGCAGCCAUGUUUGAGGAGGCUCUGGAGAAAUACGGAAAGGACUUCAAUGACAUAAGACAAGACUUUCUACCGUGGAAGUCUUUGACCAGUAUAAUAGAGUAUUAUUACAUGUGGAAGACAACAGACAGAUACGUACAGCAGAAGAGACUGAAGGCAGCAGAGGCAGAAAGCAAACUGAAGCAGGUUUACAUCCCCACAUACAAUAAGCCCAACCCUAACCAGAUCUCAGUGACCAAUGGGAAGAUGGCGACGGUGAAUGGGGCGGGGCCUGGAGCCUACCAUACAGCGGGGGGAGGACGGGCCUGCGAGAGCUGCUACUCAAUGCAAUCAGCCCAGUGGUACUCGUGGGGGCCACCCAACAUGCAGUGUCGCCUGUGUGUGUCGUGCUGGAUGUACUGGAAGAAGUACGGUGGCCUUAAGAUGCCAAGCAGAGCGGAGGCGCCCGAGGAGAAAACCCCACCCAGCCCUGUGCCCAACGAGCCUCGAUCGCGCGGCCACGGCCCCCGACAGUCCAGUCACAUGGUGCCGGUGCGUAACAGCGGCAGCCCCAAGUCCUCCACGAAGACAAAGCAGGCCUUCCUGCUGCAGGCAACCCGCCUCACCAAGCUGGCACGCCACAUGUGCCGCGACAUCAUCAGACUGCGACGCGCUGCGCGGCGCCCCUUUGUGCCCAUUAACUGUGGCGCCAUAAAGGCAGAGUGUAAGAGCUCCUUCAAUUCCUAAUUUCUGCCUCCACACACACACACAUGGACACACACACACACCGCCCCCUCCUUCACCUUGACGCCCCCCUUUCACCCCCUCUCCUCCCACCCUCUGUCUGUUUCUCUCUCUGUUUUUGUUAUAUUGUAUUAUAUUAUUAUUAUGGUUUUUGUAUUUCCCCCCCGUUUCCAAUAAAGACUGGCGGUCCUCAUGACUUUUGAGUUUCACCAUCUGUUCA